AUGUCGAGCGCGAUAGAAAACAUCCCGCCCGAGGUCCUCGACGAGAUCUUCAGUCGUCUCCGCCCAGAAAGUGGCGCCCGAUGUGAAGAUGAAUUCGCCGCUAUGGAGACCUUCAAGGCGCUCUGUCUUUCGGGCAAGACGCUGCUGCCCGCCGCUCGCAAACAGCUGUACCACAGUGUGUCCCUAAACAGCUUCGAACUUCACCAGGACUCGACUCGUCAACUGGCACGCACGCUCUGCAAAGCGCCACAGCUGGCUCUUAUCAUCAAGGAGAUUACGGUGCGCUGGUGUGCCCGCCACACUUCGCUGCACAGACGAGAGAUGGAAAAACAGAAGGAAGGCCGCGAGUACAGCCGGACCGACCACUGUCACGAUGAAGUCGGUGCGCUUGAAGAACACAAUCCAGAGGAUAAGGAAGACUUCAAGAAAGUCCUGGACUCAUUACCUCUGGAUUCAAAAGUGCGCUGGAAGCUUCAAGGAGACGUUUCCGUGACUGAGCAGCUUCCAUGGUUCGAAGGAGAAUUCACAGAAUUGACGGGCAGCUGCGGUGGACUUGAGGCUAUGGUCGUUCUCAAUCUUGCUACUCGGGCCAAGAAAGUGUUGAUCGAGCCGUGGGGAAGCAAGAACUGUCCAUGGUGGAAAGGGUGUCAGGACUUGUUGGAAGCUUUAUGGUCGAGAACUAGCCUGGCACGGCGACCAGCCGGAUCAUACGCUGCACUGGAAGAGAUCGAAAUUGAUGGGAUGAAGUACGUGGGCGAGGGCGGGUACUCGACUUCUGCUCCAAGCGGCUUGUCAUGUACUAUGCUUGGAGUUGUCGAGCUGCCUGGUCUGCAAAUGCUGAAGAUGCGGGGAAUUGUCGACGUCGACCAUAAUCCAAGUCCCGGCCUAUCAUUCAACGGCAAGAUCUGCACUGACCUCAAGAGAUUGACGUUCACGCAAUCACAAGUGUUUGCGAGCACUGUGGUAAAUGCAGUAAGAUCUGUUUCUGGCCUAGAAGACUUUCGACUGGAGGUCGACCACUGGGGCGAUGAUGCUAAACCCCCAGUCGGUCCCUUUCUUGCCAUCGAAGCUCUUCGUGGCGCACUUCUUGGUCAUAGCGAUACGCUUCACACCUUGACCAUCACGAACCUGCCCAAUCAUGGCUACGUGUUUCGUCGACAACCCAAGAUCGGCUUCCUCGCCGAGCUGAGUACGCUUAGAUGUCUCGAGAUCGAAGAGCAUCUCCUGGUCGGACAUGGCGGGAGUCUGGCGCACAACACUCGCGAUAUCCCCAGCAUCCUCCCCCGUACGUUGCAGAAGCUGGUAGUGCACACAUACAACGACUUGCAGACCCUCGGCCGUAUCCUACUUCAGCUCAGUCCACUUCGAUCCCGCGGCUUGGAGUUCCUGAAGAUUACAUUCCCUGUAUAUUGGGAGGAGUUCAUGAUCAACGGACAUUAUCAGCUGAAUACGAUGCAUGCACCAAUGUUUUGCACUUUCAAGAGAGACCCGAGCUGCAUACUGCGCUAUUCGUUCGGCUAUGGGUCGUACUGUGGAGAAGAGCGCAUCUCAAUGCUUUUCUGGGACUUGAAUCUCUGGGGUGCUUCGGAACUCGAGCGACUGGCUCAGCGUCUCAUCGAGAACAGAGUCGCGGACUUCAUACGCGAUCAACGACAGGGCUCACAGAAGUCGGAGCCCAGGAGAUCGGAUGAGACUGUGGCACGCUCCCACAUUUCCUGGAAUCGACGAACAUCACGAUUGCGACUGUUACCAUGUAGCAACCGCUUCGUACAACAAACAUCGGACCGAAGCAGUUUCGCUCAUGCACUGGACUCACAAUUGCGCCGUGCUAUGAUCGCACAAGCUAACGUCACUGUUAUGGACAUGCAAAACACAGGAGAGGGCGAUCGACUAUCCAGCGACGGGGCCUGUCGAAAUCCAUCGGCAGUCCCUGUCACAGCCACAAAUGGUCUACCAGGCCUGCCUGCAGAGCUCCUCGAGUCUAUUGCAGAUUGCUUCAGCGCGCCUUACUCGUCAACAAUUCCUGAACCCCAAGCUCACCGUACUUCAACCCGGGACCUCUACAACUUGGCCUUGACCUGCAAGCCGCUUUCACUCGCUGCCCGGUCCUGCCUCUACAGGAACAUCGUGGUUAGAAACUGGGAAACCACAGAAUCAGCAUCAUCAUCUCACCUACUCGCCUGCACGCUUUGCGAGAGUCCUUGGCUUGGUCUCCUUAUUCGAUCGAUCAUUGCACUUCCUUGCCGCGAGCGGGACUUCGACGCCCACUACCACGUACAUGAGGCACUUGAAGAUAUGAUCAUGCCGCUAUGUGAAGUGUCCAUGGCAUUUCAGAACAUCUUGAGGGCUUUUCAUCGCAGAUGCGCGCACGCAGAUCUCGUUGUGAUCAUUCUAAAAGCGCCUCGAUUGGCAUCUUUGUGGAUCAUGAACUCGCAUCACCGUGAAUGCCAGCCACCCUCCACCGAUCGCCUCGUACGGUCUUGGAAUGCCCCAACAAAGCUCCUGGAAGACUUCUUGCUCGCCCUGAGGCUUCCACAAAUUGGAACGAUCGUCGGUCACGGUGUACUCACGAGGCUGAAGUACUUGAAGUUCACCGGACACGGCGCAGACUUCCGCGAAAAACAGAUGUUUACCUCGGGCUUGUUGAACGCAGGGAGCACACUACCUGCGAUACAGACGCUCUCGGCGCGAGGUGUCACAUCCGACAGGAUUGCCAGAUGGUGCAGUAUGGCACGAGCGAGUACUAUCACCGAUCUCAGCUUGAUACAGUCGGACAUUCACGAAAAUACGCUUGAUGAGCUGAUCACGGGCUGCAAGAAAUUGAGCAGAUUUGCAUACGCCAUUGAAGACCCCUCGACUGAGCUUGAAUCUGUGAGCGUACCGAUCCUGAGCUUAAUACUUCUGCAACAUCGGGAGUCUCUGGUUUGUCUUUGCCUCUCAAAUCCGAGCAAUAGGGGCGAAGCGUGGGACACGGAAUCGGGCUCCACCUCCUGGACCGAAUUUCGAAACCUGACGACCUUGGAAGUGGACGAGCAACUAUUGGUCGGAGACGUGAACCUUGCAGAACAUGAUCUAACCCGUCUCUUGCCGGCAAGUCUGCGAAACCUGAAAAUUGACACGUUUGGACAUAUCAGCAAGCUUGACAGCAUGCUCCUCCGCUUGGACUCCCUCCUACCACAAGGUCUUGACACCCUGCGGAUCAGUUUCCCGUUGUACUGGAAAGAGUAUAGGGGCCAUCGGAGACUCAAUACUGAGUACAUGCACAUGUUCCGGCACGCGGAAACCAUGACGUGUGGUCAUCGGCCAUACUUCCUGGUCCUUGAACAUCGUGCAGGUGGUAAGCGCAUCGAGCUGCAGACCUGGGACUUGCAGGAAUGGCAGGAUGGCUUGACACGUCUCACGGUCGAGACCCGGAGACAUGGGAUCAAGCGGCUCGUCGAGCUGCAGCUACCAAAUAUCUGGGACUCUGAUAGUGUGCUCGGAGAGGCUUUGAUGGAGAACUUCGAAAGCACUGUCCUCGCAGUUGAGCUAGCUGGGUCACAACGAGGUGACAUUAUCGAGGAUGUGGGAUCUGCACCUGCAGUUAGGGAGGCUCCGUGA